AUGUGGGCUGCUUCUUGCCUUGCGUCAUGUUGUGCGGCGUGCGCAUGCGACGCGUGCCGAACGGUCGUGUCCGGGAUUAGCAGGAAAUCCGCUCGGAUUGCUUAUUGUGGCCUCUUCGCACUCUCGCUAAUCGUCUCGUGGAUUCUUAGGGAGGUUGCUGCACCUCUCAUGGAGAAAAUUCCAUGGAUUAAUCAUUUUCACAAAACGCCCGAUAGAGAGUGGUUCGAAACAGAUGCAGUGCUGCGAGUUAGCUUGGGGAACUUCCUAUUCUUCACUAUUUUAGCUGUUAUGAUGAUUGGUGUGAAAAAUCAGAAGGAUCCUCGCGAUAAGUUGCACCAUGGUGGAUGGAUGAUGAAAAUUAUUUGCUGGUGUGUUUUGGUGAUCUUGAUGUUUUUCCUUCCAAAUGGCAUCAUCAGCUUCUACGAGUCCAUUUCCAAGUUCGGCUCAGGAUUUUUCCUUCUUGUUCAAGUUGUGCUUUUGUUGGACUUUGUCCAUGGAUGGAAUGACAAAUGGGUUGGAUAUGAUGAGCAAUUCUGGUAUAUUGCUCUGCUUGUUGUCUCCCUUGUUUGUUAUGUUGCAGCAUUUGCCUUCUCUGGGCUUCUUUUUUAUUUGUUUACCCCAUCUGGACAUGACUGCGGGCUCAACACCUUCUUUAUCGUGAUGACCCUGAUCUUGGUGUUCGUGUUUGCUGUAAUCACACUCCACCCUGCAGUAGGUGGCAGCGUUUUGCCCGCUUCAGUUAUAUCUGUCUACUGCAUGUACCUCUGCUACAGCGGACUUGCCAGUGAACCAAGGGAUUAUGAGUGCAAUGGUCUUCACAAGCAUUCUAAAGCUGUCUCUACUGGUACACUGACUGUUGGGCUCCUUACAACUGUUCUGUCUGUUGUCUACUCUGCUGUUCGUGCUGGAUCUUCGACGACUCUGCUCUCCUCCCCAAGCUCACCUCGAGCAGGGUGGUCAACCUCAGUCGGAGAGAGUGGUAAGUUGGUGGAUGUGGGGUGGCCAUCUGUUUGGGUCCGAAUUGUAACUGGAUGGGCAACUGCAG